UUUCAUCCUCCACGCUGACGUCUCGGACGACAGUUCCGCAUUCCGGGACCUCCCCGCUCCUCGGUCAGUACAUAAGCGGGGCUGACGCAACGGCGCCCGGUCACUCACAGUACUACCAUCCGUCGGUGCUCCCAAUACCCGAAGCGCACCACCGACCCACACUUCCCCGCCUCUAUCGCCUCGUCUCUCGGACGCAUUCCAGCGUCCGCACCAAAUUGCAUCAUUGCUAAAAGAAGACUGCCAACUUAUCUCUGACGGCGGAGGCGGCCGGCGUGGAGGACAUGAUGCCGGGUCAGAUACCGGAGCCCUCGCUAGCCCCGGGCUCACUGCCCAGCCUGGGCCCGCUGGCCGGGAUCUCGGCCACCACGCUGACGGACCAGCUCAAGCUGCACGCCGACUUCAGGCAGCUGGGCGCCAUGCUGCACCCUCUGCACUUCCUGGACCGGCUGGGCAAGAGGCCGCUGCCCAUCAAGACAGAGAUGGACGAGGACGACGAUAGGAGGAAACGACGGCGGGAGAAGAACAAGGUGGCUGCCGCGCGAUGCCGGAACAAAAAGAAGGAGAGGACGGACUUCCUUCAAAAGGAGUCGGAGCGUCUGGAGACGGUGAACUGCGACCUGAAGGCCCAGAUCGAGGAGCUGCGUGUGGAGCGCCAGCAGCUCAUGGUGAUGCUCAACCUGCACCGGCCCACCUGCAUCGUGAGGACCGACAGCGUCAAGACCCCCGACGGGGAGGCCAACCCCCUGCUGGAGCAGCUAGCCCGGACCCCGCCCAAGUGAAGCAGACCACAGCGACACAAACAACAACAACAACAACAACAACAACAACGACGACGACGACGACGACAACAACACAGGCACUGAUCGAAAUCAAUUGAAUCAAAACGACAACAAACUGAAAAACUGAAACUAGCAAACCCUCAAUCGAGCACUACUGCGGCGGCCAUUUUCUGUGACUCAAGGGGAAGAAGAAGAGGGAGACGAGGAGGAGGAGGAGGAGGAGAUGGAGAGAGAGGAAGGACAGAACGGACACACUUGUCUACAUAAGCACUUGAGCUCUGAGCUGGAGCAUUCAGAGACUCGCCUUCAGGGGCACAGAGACCUCAGAGGGGGAGGGGGGGGGGGGGCUUGCUACACGAGCUGGCUCUAUCCAAUCAGAAGACUAGGAGGACCCCCCCCUCCCCCCUCCCAUCCCUGUUUAUCUGCAUUAACUCCUUUCUUUUUUUUGUACUUUCUGGUUGGCUUUUUGUUGACAAACCCGCCGUGCCUCAUCGCUACCGUAACCGUGGUUACACAAUGGGACACACAGGGAGGAGAGUGGAACGACUGGAAGCCGAACAGACUCGACACACUAACGCCAAGACGGUGCUCUGUCACAAAACGCCUGAGUCAGGGGUGUGUGUGCGUGUGUUUGUGUGUAUGCGUGUGCGUGUGUGGUUGCGUUAGCCUGUGUGUGUGUGUGUGUGUGUGUGUGUGUGUGUGUGUGUGUGUGUGUGUGUGUGUGUGUGUGUGUGUGUGUAGGAGCCAACAAGGCGAAGUGUUUCCGCGGUUUUCCUUCGUAUUCUAGUAAAAUAUAUACAUGCGUUUUUUUUUUAAGCAUUUGAUACUCGAACACCAAAACAGAAAAGAGAGAGAGCGAGAGACAGAGAGCGAGCGACAGAGGCGACAUCUCUGCUCGGGUUUUUAUAAUGUUGUGGUUGGUUUUAUACGAUACGGUUGAACCAGUCCUUGCGUGUUGGCGCAGGCGUCACGACAAAGCACAUAUACUAAAACACAUGGAAUGUUUACACGCGUGUUCCUUCGGCCAUGUUGUCUGUCCAUUAUUGUACCUGUUUUAUACGGCUUUAUACAUGACAAUACGUAAAACAUAUAUUAUGACAUGCUUGUCGGUCACUUGAUGUGAUCGAGUUUUAAACUUUAUUAUUAGGCUUACGGUCUACUCUUUUUUUUGUUUUUCUUAAGUCCACUUUUGUGUUUUUAUUGCGCUGUUAAACAGACGUAAGGAAUUAAGCAGAAAUCGUAAUCCGCUGAGCAGAAAUUCAAUUUCAAUGUUUUCAACUUGCACCUACUAUGUAUCUUUAUUAGUCUGUAUGGAAUAAAUUUUAUUUUCAAACUA